CAUAAUAAUAUAUGAGAGGUGUUUAUCGUUAGGUACAAGAUAAGGGUGGGUGCAACCAUCACGCCAGAUACUGUACUUGUUAUCAGUGUAAGGUAGGUGCGGGCUCCACCGUACUACCCACUCGCUGCUAUAGUGCUGCUUACACUGUCCAAGCUGUGGUGCUCCACCAUUACAUGCCAGAAAUUCUCUUCAAGUAAGCUUGCAAGCAAUGGCCCGACCAACUGACAGCCAGUGUGUGUUGGACCUUAAGAGAGAACGAGCAAAAUGCAGCUUCAACAAGGAAGAAAUUACGAAUCUUCUGGAUGGUGGAGUAGAAAAGACUGCAAAUCGCCGGCAAAUAGAGGACCUCUUCCUUUCGGACCCAGAAUUUCUUGACCCAAUUCGACCUGAAUACAUGAGCCAUGAAGACCGGUAUGCCAAUGAAUUGCGGAAAGCAUGUCACAUGGUUCGCAAGUUUAAUGAAGAUGAGAAGGUCCAGCAAAUUGUUGGGCAGAUGGAAGGAAUAAGAACUCUGAUGGGGUCAGGACUAGGUGUGGCACUUACAAAAGAUGGAAACCCUCUGGCCUUGCAUUAUGUUAUGUUUCUCCCUGCAAUUAUGGGUCACGGGACUGUUGAUCAACAAGCAGAGUGGAUGGGUCGUGCAUGGGCUGGACAGAUCUUUGGCACAUAUGCCCAGACAGAGUUGGGUCAUGGAACAUUCCUUCGAGGUCUUGAGACAACUGCCACAUAUGAUCCAGAUACUCAAGAAUUUGUUUUGCAUUCUCCAACCAUCACAGCAACCAAAUGGUGGCCUGGAGGAUUGGGCAAGACUGUGAAUUAUGCUGUCGUCAUGGCUCAAUUGUACACUAAGGGUACUUGCCAUGGAAUCCACCCAUUUAUUGUCCAACUUAGGGAUGAAGAAACUCAUCAGAGCAUGCCAGGUGUCACAGUUGGAGAGAUUGGUCCAAGGCUUGGAUUGAAUACAAAUGAUAAUGGGUUCCUGAGGUUUGACCACUGCCGAAUUCCUCGAACAAACUUACUCAUGAAACAUUCAAAAGUUUUGGAAGAUGGAACUUAUGUGAAGCCUGCUAAUGAUAAACUUGCUUAUGGCACAAUGGUAUUUGUGAGGGUUGCUAUCUGCUUUGACUCUUAUCGGCAACUACAGCGAGCAGUGACCAUAGCAACCCGCUACUCUGCUGUUCGUCAUCAGUCUGAAUUAGUCCCCGGAGCUCCAGAACCGCAGAUCCUCGAUUAUCAGACUCAACAGUAUAAGUUGUUACCACAGAUAGCCACUAUAUUCGGCAUUCAUUUUGCAACUAAAGAUGUUUGGGACACCUACAAUGAAGUGACAGGAAAUAUCCAAGUAGGCAAUCUAGAUCUUCUGCCUGAGCUUCAUGCCUUGUCUUGUGGCCUCAAGGCUCUGAGCUCUGGUGAUGCUUCAUCAGGAAUAGAAACUUGCCGCCUUGCCUGUGGAGGACAUGGCUACUUAUCAUCUUCAAAUUUGCCUAGAAUCUACACCACCACCACUGCUGCCAUCACAUAUGAGGGAGAGAACACAGUCAUGUGGCUACAAGUGGCUCGGUAUCUCAUUAAAUCAUAUCGUGAAGCUCGCCAAGGUCUAGCUUUACACCACUCUGUUUCCUACCUCUCGGCCCAGCCUGCAUCUACACACACCACCUCACAACUUUCUAAUGCAGGUUUGGUGGAAGCCUACAAGGCAACAGUGUCAUCCAUGGUCUCUGAGACAGCUGCCAGGCUCCAGGAGUAUUGUGAUAUGGGGCGACCCUUUGAACAUGCAUGGAAUAGUAGUUCUGUUCUUUUGGUUAAAUGUGCUCAGGCACACAUCCGAUACUUUACAUGUGAAAAAUACGUGGUGGGUGUAGAAAAUCCAGGACUGAGUGAAGGAGUGCAGAAUGUGUUGCGUCAAUUGUGCCGUCUCUACCUCAUCUAUCAUAUUACCCUCAACCAAGGAGAUUUUCUCAGGAGUGGUGCCCUAACAGGCUACAAUAUGAGUAUUCUGGAAGGGGAGAUGUGCCGUCUGCUGGCUGCCUUGCGUCCUGAUGCAGUGUCACUCGUGGAUUCUUUUGAUGUGCAUGAUCGCAUUUUGGACUCGACUCUAGGUUGUUGGGAUGGAAACGUGUAUCAGAGAAUGUUUGAUGAGGCCCAGAAGAGUCCUUUGAACCAGACUGAUGUCCCUGAAGCCUAUUACAAGUACUUGAGACCACUACUGAAAGCUAACCUCUAAUUCCCUGAAUGCUUCAGUACACAGUGUAUCACUUGUCAUCACUGUUUCUUGAGUAACUAAAAUUAAUGAGUUCCCUAUUAUUGAAUUUUGUCUCGUCACUGGUGAAACAGACAGUACAUAAUAUUAUUAUUUUUA